UAAAACGCUACGAAAUUAGUAUUGACGCAGAGCCUUGAAACGUCAAAAAAACGAGCGCUUCGUUGUUUAGUGGCGUUCUGAUGCUGGCGUUUAUUUUUUGUGUGAUUACAUUUUGCACUAAAACUCAAAAUCAUAAAUAUGGCGUCAAUUGAUGUUGAACAGUUUAUACAAGAAAUAAAGUCGAGACCAGUAUUAUAUGAUAAAUCUUUACCAGAAUAUACGAAUAGGCGUCGAAAGGAAGAUAUGUGGUUAGAAAUCUGCUCAAAAAUUAUACCAGACUGGGAAUCUAUCGACGAAAGAGAAAAAGAUAUUAUAUGUAGGGAUAUUCAACUCAAAUGGAAGCACAUCCGAGAUAAUUUUCGAAGAGAAUUUCAAAUUCAGAAAAAAAUAAAAUGUGGACUAGCUACACAAACAAAGAAAAUAUAUAGAUAUUAUACACAGUUACAAUUUCUUAAAGCUACUAUUAAUUACUCUGAUAGUAUAACAUCUGGUGACAGAGCGUCUCAACGGGAAACGGACGAGGAAGGAUCAGACAGUACUCCAAGUACAAGUAAAAAAUCAAAGACUAUUAUGUAUCAAAGGAAAAAUAAAAAAAUACAAAACUUGAAAAGGAAUAAAAAAGGUAAAAUCACAUCCAUAGAAAAACAUGAACAAGUUUUAAAACCAAAACCUAAAAAUAGCUCUGACCAAGAGGAAGCCGACGACGAAGACAGAUCUUUUUGCAUCUCAUUAGUAAAAUCGUUAAAGAAAAUGAGCGAUGAAGCGAAACUUAAUGCUAAGAUUGAUAUUUUGAAUGUUAUACGUCGCUUUUCAUUUCCUCAAAGCGAUUUUUAUCAGGUUUAUACUGAUCCGUUGCCAUAUGAACCUCCGAAACAAUCGUCGCACAAUAUUACCUUACAAAAAAGAUUGAAAGUUGAAUAUUCUCCUGAAAAUUCUCAAGAUGAAUCACCGCAUUGUGGCCGUAAAAAGAAAAUAAGAAAUGCUCGACAUUUACAGCUGUCAAGCCCCGAUUCUGUAGCUAGCGGUUCUGUAAAUAAUACAUCAAGCUCGUCGAAUUCUAAUUCACCUUCCUCAUUCCGAAAAUGCCAUAGUCCCACGGGUACAAAUUCAGAAGACCAUAACACUUGAAAAUAUAUUUUUAUCUCGACUUUAUUUUAUCAUUCAUGUUCCUAUGUCCAUCUCAUACAAUAUAGUUUUAGUGUAAAGUUUGAUGGUGAUUAUAAGUCAAUU